UAUAUUCAUUACCAACUUUUGCCAUUUAUUGCCCGGAGAAGAAGAAAUCUAAACUCCAUCCCAACCCUUGAAAACCAUCUUCCCCAAUGAGUCCCAUACCUAAAACUACUGGUUCAACUUCCAUAACCACCACCGGAUCCGCCGUGAAACGCCGCAAACUCACUGGAAAAGACUACCACCAGCCUCUUCUACCUGGACUCCCCGAUCACAUCGCCCAACUCUGCCUCUCUCCUCUUCCCCCUUCCCUUCUCUACUCCGUCUGCCGCUCAUGGCGUCGCCUCAUCUAUUCCCCCUCUUUCCCUCCUUUUCUCUCUCUUUACGCUCUCUUUCUAUCAGACCAAACAACCCAAAAUUCAAACUCUAUCAACUUCUUCUCCUUCGAUCCGAUCUCGUCAAAAUGGCAUUCCCUCCCUCCACCACCGCCUGAUCCGCCGCUUCACCUCCUCCUCCGCCACCCUUCCUUCAUCUCCCGCAACCUCCCCAUCCAAUCUGUGGCGGUUUCCGGCCACCUCAUCCUCCUCGCCGCCACGGCCGACCACUUCCUCCCGGCCCUCCCUCGCCCCCUCAUCUUCAACCCUAUUUCCAACAAGUGGGUCUUCGGGCCACCACUCGCCGCCCCGCGCCGGUGGUGCGCCGCCGGAAGCUACAGCGGCGAAAUCUACGUGGCCAGUGGGAUUGGGUCCCACUAUACCCAAGAGGUUGCUCGGUCUGUAGAGAAAAUGGUUGUACCCAAAAAUCAGAAUUAUUGCUAUCAGAGAAACAGUUUUGGAGCUGAAUUGAAGUGGGAAAAAUUGGGUGCUCUGAGAGAUGGAAAGCUGAGUAGAGAUGCAAUUGAAGCAGUUGGGUGGAGAGGAAGGCUGUGUAUGGUGAAUGUGAGAGGCUACGCGACGAAAGAAGGGGUGGUUUACGAUGUGGGAAAGGACGAAUGGGAGGAAAUGCCGGCGGGGAUGGUGGCCGGAUGGAGAGGUCCGGCGGCGACAAUGGAUGAGGAGACGAUAUUUGUGGUGGAUGAGUCGAAGGGCGUGCUUAGAAGAUAUGAGCCGGAGAAGGAUGUGUGGAUGGAGAUGUUUGAAUCGGAGAAGCUGAGAGGAGCUAAGCAGAUGGCUGCUGGUGGUGGCAGAGUGUGUGUCACGUGUGGCGGCGGUAGUGGAAUUGUGGUGGUGGAUGUGGUGGCGUCACCGCCUAGAUUAUGGGUGGUGGAUACGCCACCUGGGUUUGAAACUCUGGCGGUUCAUGUCCUGCCCAGGAUCAACCAACCAGAUUUUCAAACACUCAUGUAAUGAAUUUGGGAGUACAUGGUAGUAAUGUUAGAGCACGGAAUAUUGGAAUUGAAAUUGGAGUAUGGAAUUGGCUUCCAAACAUGGCUUUCUAGUUUUUCUAAACCUCAUCCAUGUAAUGGUGGCACGUAUAGGGAUGAAAUUGUAAUUAGUUCAAGAAUUUUCCGCCAUCUCCAAGAGCUAUCCAUGGAAGUUUUCAGAAGCUCCAAAUUCAGGGUAUGUUCCAAUCAAUCAGGGAAGACCCAACCCGUUUGUGUAUUUGAUUCAAGACAAAAUCAAAAAAAUAUAUAUUCUAACUUUUGGCAUAGCAUUGGUGUCAUAGGUUUGCUCAUGACUCUGGAAAGUUGUAUAUUUGUUUACCGGAUACUUGCAAUAUACGGUCAUACAUAUAUACUGUUGAUAUAUAUAUAUAUAUAUAUAUAUGUAUAUAUAGUGUUGAUCUAUUUGAUAGUCAAUCAAAUCUGAUGAUGUGAAGAAGGGAUUGCUGUUUUUAAGAAUUAUAUUUGUUA